GCCGUAAAUUGGAUGACUCGUGCCUCGCGUGCGACAUCUGGCCGGCGCAUCGACGUUCGUUCUCUUCCGAUAGGUGUAGAAUUGCUGGCCGAAUGUACGGCCUUAUGCUCCCCCAGUAUGUACUUAGUCGUUUAAUUGUUUAUACGAGCGAAGUGCGUAGUUGAUUAAAAGGGGGGCAGCAUAUAGUCGUAACGCAAAAAAAAUCAUUAUGUAGACUACGCCCGCAAGGGGAUACAGGGCUAGCGGUUUGAGCUUGAAUUUGAAUGAUGUAGAUGUAUUAGAAAGGCAAGCUUCAAGCUUAACUGCAACGAGAAAAGCCUGUUCUUAUGCACUCCCGAAAUCGGUCGGCAGGAUCUAUGAUCGGUUUCCACCAUGUACUAUGAUUUGGGUACGGCUAAGGAGCAACUAGUGUUUUAUCAUGGAAAUUAUCGAGAAUUAGUACGAGAAGUUUCAUCAUGUGACAGGACAUUAUUCCUGUAGUAAAGGAGUUUUUGGCAUAACAUAUACAUACAUACGAAGACAAACACUAUCUUCUCUAUCAUCUCCUGUUUAUGACGAUGACCUCCUACCCGCCGCCCCAUGUGGAAUCCUUUGCCUCUGCCUUUCGUCGUCGAAGGCGUGCUUUCAAGAAAGCUCAUGACGAACAGCAGCGGGAGCUACCCUCACGAAUACAACGUGUGCACCAUGACUGUCCACUUCUUGCGCACUUUUUGCCGAAAGGCUACUCUUGUUACAACCAAUUAUGUCCUGGAUCCAGGUUGCUUGACAGUACUUUGAGGACUCGAGGUUGCUUGACAGAGGUGGCGGGAGCGGCCGGAGUAGGCAAAUCGCAGCUCCUUAUGCAAAUCGCGGUAAACUUUAUUACUCGCCAACAGCAGUUAAGAUUUCGGAUUGAGGAAUACUCUUUGAAUAAGUGUAGAAGUAUACCAAAGAAGUUGACUUUAACAACUUACUCCGACUUCGUCAGUUAGAUAUAGUUUCUGAUCAUUCUUUCAUGCAAACCAGAAUCUUAAAAACCUCGUAAGGCUACUUGUUCAUGAAAUCCCGACACGCGACAAGACAUCGUCUUGGUGCUGACAGCUAGUACUGGAUGGGGUCCAAGAUGUGCGCAGAUUUUGAAACUGAAACAACCGAACAAUGCGAGAGACGCAGCUCGCCGUAUCAAAGUGGUCGAGGUCUUCUCGUUGAAAGAAGCCAGAGCAGUCUUAGAAAACGUCUUGACGGAACAGUUAGAGAACGAAAAGCGUGGUCAAAAACGCGAACGCGAAUUCAGCGAUAAUGCAGGAGGUGGGCUAGUGGUACCAUCACAUGAAGGACCUGUACCCGUGCGUCCAUCGCUUGGUCUUAUCAUUUUUGAUGGUUUCAGUGUGCUUCUAGCCGCAGAACAGCAGGCGUUAUCCCGGAAGGAUUCGGCGGAGCAAGGGUUAUGGAAUUCAAUUUCAGUCGUGACAGUGUAGAAGAAGUUGAAAUCCUUGUAGUUCAACACUCAGUACUUGUUUUAAUACUGCUAUGUGGUUAUGGUUAUGGAUUUGAUAGUGGAAGACCUGUCUCCUCGCGCCUGAUUGUUACGUGACUGUAGUCAUUUUUUAUGGGACGUCUGAAGCACCUCUGAAUACCACGACGCUGGUGACUCGCGUAAAAACCCACCUCCGGUUCUUGCUGCACGUGAGAAAUUUCUUUUCGAACUUGUGCGUAUUCUUCGCGUUUUGCCGGUGCCGACUUUUUUCACGUCGCAUCUCUCACAACAGAACUUCGGAGGACCACAGGUAUUUUUUAACAAAUGUGAACAAAAUUCACUUUUUUUUUGUGAAGAAAUGAAUCACGUCAUUCAUUUGAGUACAAAAACUAGUGGGAUAAGGGUAGUCCUUUUUUUUGAUUCCAGAAGUAAGGCUGCCUUGUGGACUUGGACUAUUCCUCGUUCUCGGCUUGGUCAUUUCCUGGAGAUUCUUAUCUAUCAUGACCGUGCCAACGCUAACUCUAUAGGUAUACAAAGCUAACAAUACCUCUCUCUCUCUCUCUCUCUCUCGUCUCUCUCCUUUCACAGACAGAGGCCCUUGGCGUUGCGCUUGGUCGAAUAUGGACGCUCCACGCGCCUCACAGGAGACUCUUCUUGACGAAGACUGGGAUAGGCCGCUUUCGAGCUGUUUUUCUUGAUGAAAAGGCUGCAGCUCAAAGAACGGCAAACUUGGUCUUUGUGAAAGGGCUGUUGGAAAUAGAAGAAGAUUGAUGACGAGUUCAGUUAGGUCGGUACAGGAGUCUUUACGUCUCCCACGGGGUAAAUUUUUUCAUCACGGUAAGACACGACAUGAACUACAUGAACGACGUGUAUAACGUUUUUUGCUCACAUCAAUUACGACAUAGAGGUUUUUGCUCACGUAGACACGGCUAUCUUGUACCUCCGCGAUACAUCAGACCAUGCUGACAAAAAAUUCCGGCGAAAAUGUAGGGUGCAUGCAAAAAGACUUUCUGAAAUCGACACCGAGUAAUUGCGAACGAUUCGAGCUUAAGAUAGCUCGCACAAAAGGAGCUUGCUUCAAG